GAAAAGUGUUGUCUGUAGGCUCCCUGGUGACUGCUUGGGGCACCCUCUGUUUUUACAGGGCCAGUAUCAGCUCUACCUGUCCUGUUUCAUAUGGUGAAAUGGGUGACUGGGACAACAGUGAUGAAUUCAUUCAGCGACUGGAUUUUUCUAGUUGUGGUGAAGAGAGUGAAGGCAGAAGUGUAGAUGAGGAGGAUGUGCAGAGCUCAAGCCCUGCCAGGAGCUGUGAGUUCCAGCAGUGGCAAAGCAGCCGUCCUCUACCAGCAACCCCUCAGGGAAAGCUCAGUGAGAUUUUCCUGAACAGCACAAAAGCCUGGAUGAGUCCUACCCUGAAUGCUUCCCCAGCUAUGAGCAAGAGACAGGGUAAUGCUGAGACACCACUGCACAUCACCUGGAAAAAGCUGCAGCUGUGUGACACCCCGCACACCCCCAAGAGCCUGUUAUCAAGGGCAGCUUAUACUUCAUCUGAGACAAAGGUCCCACCCAAAGGCUUCCGACAUCUGAGAUUUACUCCUGGUGCUGACUUGGAGGACUCUGCCCAAGCUCCUCAUGUCAACAUUAAUCCCUUCACACCGGAGUCGUAUCGACAAAUGCUCUUCCUUCCUAAUGGCAAGCGGAAGACCAGAGGAGAGCUGAGGAAACCUGAUCCAAGAAGCCAGACAGAACAGGAGCUUCCUAUAAAGAGAUACCUUCUGAAAGAGAGCAAUAUGGUUUCCCGCUAUAAGAAAGAGUUCCUGGAACUGGAAAAGAUUGGUGUGGGGGAAUUUGGCUCUGUCUACAAGUGCAUCAAACGUCUUGAUGGAUGUGUUUAUGCCAUCAAACGCUCCAAAAGGCCUCUGGCAGGAUCCUCAGAUGAGCAGCUGGCUCUGCGUGAGGUUUAUGCUCAUGCUGUCCUUGGAUACCACCCCCAUGUUGUGCGCUACUACUCGGCGUGGGCAGAGGAUGAUCACAUGAUUAUCCAGAAUGAACACUGCAAUGGUGGGAGUCUUCAAGACGUGCUUCUGGAAAAUGCAAAGCUUGGUCAGUAUUUCCCAGAAGCAGAGCUGAAAGAAAUAUUGUUGCAAGUCUCCAUGGGGCUGAAAUACAUCCACAACUCUGGCCUUGUGCACCUGGAUAUCAAACCUAGUAAUAUCUUCAUCUGUCACAAACUGGCAGUUGAGAGCCCUGCUGGGCAGGAAGAGAGUGACAGUGAAGAUGAACUCACUUCUGGUGUGGUGUAUAAAAUUGGUGACCUUGGCCAUGUGACUUCAAUAACAAACCCCCAGGUGGAAGAAGGAGACCGAAGGUUCUUGGCCAAUGAGAUUUUGCAAGAGGAUUACUGCUAUUUGCCAAAAGCAGACAUAUUUGCCUUGGCACUCACAGUAGCUCUAGCAGCUGGUGCAGACCCACUGCCUCACAAUGGGGACAUGUGGCAUCACAUCCGCAAAGGCAAUAUCCCAUCAAUCCCCCAGAAGCUUCCAACCUGCUUUCUUGAACUCCUUGAGCUCAUGAUCCAUCCUGACCCAGUGGAAAGACCUUCUGCUACAGCUCUUACUAAACAUCCAGUUCUCUGUCCUUCACGUGGAAAAGCUGCACAGCUCCAGAAGCAGCUAAAUGUGGAAAAGCGCAAGACUGCCAUGCUGGAAAGGGAACUUAAAGCAGCUCGCCUUGCCCAGACUCUCAGGAAGGACCAGCCCUUAGGAAGUGUCAAGUUGCAAGAUUCUGAAACUUCUAAGCAGAACAGCAAGCGCCUGGUGGGAGGGAAGAGCUGUCGCUCAUUUAGCUUUACUUUGGGUUACUGAACUUUUAAGUUGUCCUGAAAUGCUCUGGCUGAUGAAUGGCCCUGUGAAAGCAGAGGGUCCCCACAGACCAAUAUCCCUUAUUAGCACUCCCUGUUGUGGUUUUUGGUUCCCUUGUUAGUUAUGAGAUGUUGUCCAAGGGAAGGAUGACUGACUUGUGAGAUUUAAGAUUAUUUUCCUUAGUCUCUUACCUGUUUAAUUUCUUGAGUAACUGGUUUUGUCCUAGAUUAAGAAUGAUUUUGCCAUGGAAGGCAAAGAAUGGCAUCUCUUCCACUGGUUUUCCUCUUCCUUUAGUUGGCCCCUGUUAUUGAUGUUUGUAUGUCUUAACUCUAGUCACCUGCAUAUCUUGAGAGGUGAGAUAGUGCCUGUAUGCAGAAAUGCCUUCUAUAGCUGGGUCCUCCUAAAAGUGGAGUAGUGAGAAUUAUGAUAGACAGUUUUAACUGUCUCAGGAAGGAAAUUUGUUAGACAACAGGCUGGGAUUUGGGAUGGAACUGGAGUGGCAUUUCAUUGAGAGGUACAAGGAGUAAAAGGCAACACUGAAUCAAGGGGGUUUACUGGUGGAAGUUGAGAGAAAGCUUCCCCUCCCUCAACUUUCUGGAACAAGCGUGUGGCUGUAAGUGUCCAUAGACUAGCCUGUGAUGCCUGACUUGUUUCAUGUCAGCCGGCAAGGACUCUGCUUUAGGUAGGGAAGGUGACAGUGGUGUGCUGGUAGGGGUGGGUGCCUUACCCGUGCCCCUCCCGCUAUCUUCGGCGUGGUGCAACUGCCUGCUAAUGGCAGCCGCAUAGCAAAGCUGCAAGGAAAUCAGGAAACGCUUCUUAGGCCCCACAUGUUUGAAGCUGCCUGUGUUAAGAAUGUGUUUAGUGUUUGCUGCGCCUCUCCUCCUGGCUUAAUGGAGUCCUUGUCGGCUGUAUGUCGAGCGCUGGGAGCGGCAUGUGGAUUGCACUGUGACUAGGAAGAGCCUCCAGUGGGAAACUCGGUUAUUUUGGAGUACUGAACUUUGUUCUCGAGUGUUGGGACAGUGAUGGCUUUUAAACUGUUACAAUUAUCCUUUAAGAAGCGAAACGUGCUAAUAAAGAUUUUAAUCCUUUUACCUAUAA